CUGCAGCAACAACAGCAGCAGCUGCAGCAACAACAGCAGCAGCUGCAGCAACAACAGCAGCAGCUGCAGCAACAACAGCAGCAGCUGCAGCAACAACAGCAGCUGCAGCAACAACAGCAGCAGCUGCAGCAGCAACAGCAGCAGCUGCAACAACAACAGCAGCAGCAGCUGCAGCAACAACAGCAGCUGCAACAACAACAGCAGCUGCAACAACAACAGCAGCUGCAACAACAACAGCAGCAAGAUGGCGGCGGCGUGUGCGGCCACGUGUGCGUUGUGCUGCAUGGGUGUGGGCUGUGCGUGAGAGUGGGUGAGGGUGAGCUGCGUGUGAGUGAGCUGUGUGUGUGUUUAAAUUUAGUGUUUUAAAGAUGUCAAUUCACCUGC